AUGACUGAUGUAAGCGCCAUAAUUGUAUCACCAGGGAUAAAUGAGAGCGGUGCGGUCAAACAAGCGGGACGUACACCUUCAGAUGUCACUCUGACUAUCAAAGCGUUUGGCCCCGUACAAGAUUUCAACUGGAACCUGAAGUUUGCAGAGACGUGGAAGAAGGAAAACUAUAAACAACGGCACGACGUGAAAGAUUUUGGUGGUGUACUGGACAAGAGCAGUGGACUAGCCCAGGUUCGGGUACGGCAUCUGCCUGGGACCGGAAAUUGUACAAGUAAUCAAGCGUCCUUCUGA